AUGGCUGAAUCCUUAAGCACUGGGAUAGUUAAGGUUGUUGUGGAGAGACCACUUUCCGAAGCAUAUGAAAAAAUAAAGUCUGCAUUAGUGGAUUUCAAGUCCAACAUGGAAUCACUCCAGAAUACAAGGACCACCAUUGAAGCUGUGCUGCUUGAUGCAGAUUCAAUGGUGGAUCGCAGCUCUAGCCAUACGCAACAAGAUGCACUCAAGAAGCUAAGCUGUCAACUUGACAGGUUGGUGGACUUGUUGGAUGCAAGAGAAGCGAGAGCGAUGCGCAAACAAGUGAUGGGUGGAAGCUGGUUCAUCAAAGAGGCGUGCUUGUUCUUUUCGCCUUCCAACCAGCUUGUUGCUCGAUUUAUGGAUGCUUGGAGAGUCAAGGAUAUUAGGAAUCAGUUGGAUUCUAUCUCACGAGACCAUGCACAGUUUGGUAGCAUAGUCAAUGUGGCACAGACCAUUCAGAGAGCUUCAUCUCACGUUAUCACUGAUAUGGUCAUUGGAAGAGAAGGAGCUAAGGAAAACAUAAUAAGCAGAAUUAUUCCUGACAAUAAUUAUGUGGCUUCAGAAUCAGAGACUCUCUCUGUUACCUCCAUCAUUGGAAUUGGCGGAAUUGGGAAAACCACGCUGGCUCGUUUUGUGUAUUGUGAUGAGAGGGUGAAACGUACUUUUGAUGUUCUUAUUUGGGUUGAUGUUAGUCGAGAUUUUGAUGUCAAGGAGGUGCUGGAGAAGAUAGCAAAAUGUGCUAUCAAUGAUACAGACACUGUCAUGAGUGAGAUGAAUCAAUCUUAUCAAUACUAUAAUAAUGAUCAGUUCAUUGGAGCAAUCAUUGGUAAAAAAUUUCUACUUGUUCUGGAUAACAUUUGGGAUCAACAAGGGUUGAGGCUGAAAUGGAUAGAUUUGAAAAAAAAUCUAGAAAAAUUUGGGGCUCCUGGGAGUCAGGUUCUCAUAACAACGCGUGAUGAAAAAGUUGCCGGAAUAUUGAACUCCAAGCAUCCUUACAAGCUUGGAGAUUUAACAGAAAGCGACUCUUGGCUUCUUUUUCAACAGCUUGCUUUUACAUGGUGGCAAGAGUCAGGCGUAGAGGCCAUUGGGAAGGAUAUCGCGAAGAUGUGUCCGAAUGUGCCGCUUGUCAUAAGGAGUGUAGCAGGCCUUUUAGCAGGGAAACGUACAAUUCAGGAAUGGCGGGCCUUUAGAGAUGACCAGCUUGUAAAUUUUGCUUCCUAUGGCCGUGAUGUUAUGCAGACGCUGAAGCUCAGCUUUGACCAACUAGAUGCAAAGUCCAAACUUUGUGUUACUUAUUCUUCCUUAUUUCACAAGGGUUUCGACUAUCGCAAAGAUGCAUUAAUAAAUCUAUGGGUCGCUUUGGGAUAUGUGGAGCCACAAUAUAGAGACCAAAGCUUAGAAGAAGCAGGGGAAGAAAUUUUGAUCAAUUUGGUAAACUGUGGCUUUUACCAACUGUAUGAGUCCGAUAUGUAUGGGCUCCAUAUGACUGUAAUAGUCAUGCAUGAUUUGAUGCAUGAUCUUGUUGUCUCACUAGCUGGGUACAAGUACAAGAUGGCAGAUUUAAACACACAUGAAUUUGAUAAGCGGGUUCGCCAUGUAUCAGUUUGUAAACAAGUGGUGGCAGACACAUCUUGGGCAGUGCCUUCCUCAUUAUUCAAAAUCAAGCAUCUACGUUCAUUCAUCAUGGCCUCGGAUUCAACCUGCAAAAUUGAGGUAAGGAAUUGGUCAAUUUGUGAUGAUUUAUUAGGGAGAUUCCGAUGUUUGAGGGUGUUGAUCCUACGAAGGGUAUUGAUAAAGAAAUUGCCAAGAUCCGUGGGUGAACUACUCAGCCUACAUUAUCUUGAUUUGUCACGAACUGCUAUAGUGAAACUUCCUAAUUCAGUCACGCAUCUGGUGAAUCUACUAUCUCUUCACUUGUACGAGUGUGAUUUCCUUCGUGAGAUGCCCGAGGAUAUGAGCAACUUAGUGAAGCUAAGGCACCUACAGUUACAAGACAGUAACAACCUGAUUCAUAUGCCCACUGGGUUGGGUAGACUGACAGAGCUUAGAAUGUUAGACAUGUUCGUCGUGAGUAAGCAAAGUUACCGAAGUGAGGCUAAUGCUAUAGGUGGAUUAGCAGACCUAGAAAAGCUCAAUAAUAUUGAGGGAGGAUUAACAAUUAAGGUGCGCAGGGAGUCAAAGGAUAUAGCUCCAGAAGCUAGGGCAGCAAACUUAAAGAUGAAGGAUAAGCUCACGCAAUUUUACAUUGAGUUCGAGUAUAGCACAAAAGAGGAUGAGAUGGUGCUAGAAGGCCUGCAUCCCCAUGCUAACCUGAAGUUCCUAGAAAUUAAGGGCUAUGGAGGAGAGAGGUUACCAAGCUGGAUGAUGGACGAUCAGCUCCAUAUUCGGCUUCCAAAUUUGAUGUCAAUCAACAUACAAAACUGUAAAAGUUGCAGAUAUCUUUGCUCCUUAGGAAGGCUCCCCCAUUUAAGACGUUUGUAUCUAAGGGAGUUAGAUAAUGUGGAGUACAUAGAGAGCAAUGCUAAUUAUAAUAAUGACAGUACAAUGUGGAACGAGCAAUGCUAA